GAAAAAACAACUAUUCGGCGCUCGAGGGCACAGCCUCACGCCGAGACUCCAUCAUGCCAGUCAUUCAAACCAACCACCAACCACUCCGCUCCAUUCAGCCAAGCCAAAUCCGACCCUCUCCUCUCCGCUGACCAAUGGCUCAGUUUCCAUGAUCAUGCUGUCAGCAACAGACACGAAGGUCGCGGGUCACACUCGAGUCUUGCUGCUCUCGCACCCGCCAUCGCGGCUCCGCUCGAGGUGGCCCUGUCAGCGGCAAUUGGCGAUAACAACAAAGAUGCUCUCACUGCUCAGUGCCUCAAUACGAACAACACCAAAAUGCACCGCCCUCCAUCUAUCCUCUGUGCAAAAUCGGACGCUUACGACGUCGUGCUCAAAGCUUAUGCAUGA